UAUAAAACAGAAAAACAGAAGUUCAUUCAGACAAGUCAACUGACAGCGACACUUAACCGACCUCGUCCGUUUAAGUCUAACAGAAAAACUCAAUCCAUUUGGAAUGGGCGUGCAAACUCUAAGCAUUUUGGGAAAUGAGACAUUCUUCUCAUUCUUCUUUCCCAGAUCUUUUUUUUUUUGGUAUUUUCCCGAGAAAAUGAUCAAAGAUUAUUUUACUAGUAUUUGAGAAAACACCUCCACGUUCUUUGCCCAUCUCGUAGGUUACGCUUACUCAUAUCAGCAGCUAGCUGAGUUUUCUCUUUUCACUUCUCCUCCUCCUCCUUCUUCACCCACGAAGCUCCGUGAUCUAGACGAUCUUUAAUUUUGAUUUGAGGAUUCAUUUGUAUUCCUUCCAGAGGUGUAUGGAGAGAAAACGAGAGAUUUGUGAGUACAGAGAGAGGCUUAACAAGACCUUGGCGUCUCCUGAGCUCACCAAUGAGCAAACUCUAAGAACCCUAAUAAGAAACCAGCUAAAGGAAGAAGAAUGUAGUGUGGAUAUAUUGGAUCAAAGAGUCACUGGCUUAUCAACUAUACUUGAGAAACUUAGGAGUGUUUCAGCAAAGGAUCAAGAUUCGUCUAAAUCAACCAAACAAGCAUCUCCUGGUGGUGAUUGGAAAGUGAAACAUGAUCAUGAGGAUUGUCGUGUUAUGUACCGUGAAGGAUUCGAAGGAAGUCCAUUUCACACGUUGCUUGUUGAAGGUUACAUGGAUGGACCUAUCCAAGACUGUCUAUGUGUAUCAUGGGAAUCAUCACUCUAUGAGAAAUGGUGGCCGAACUCUGUAUUUCCAGCAUUCAGGAUCUUACAAAGUAAUUGUUUGCAGAAGGUCCGGAUCAAUGAACAGAUAUGUUUAGUGAGGGUGAAAGUACCAUGGCCAAUGACAAACAGAGAAGCCAUUGUGCAGUUUUUCUUAUUUGAAUACUUUAAAGACGGUUUAGUCAUCAUUCUACUCAACUCGAUCUCAGCAUCACAAGUAGAGAGCAUUGGUAUAUCUGAAGAAGCAGAGAAUGCUGUGAGGAUUGAUUUAGUAGGCGGAGUUGCUAUACAAAAGGUAUCUCCUGAGAGGAGUUACUUGAGACACAUAGUGGAGUUCGAUAUAAAGCUGGACUUGAUCCCUCCAUCUCUGAUAAAUUUUAUGUCUAGGCAGCUCCUAGGCAACGGUUUCAGACUUUUCAAGAAGACUAUUGGUUCAGUGGCUAACUCCGAAGAAUACGCCAGAGUUUUAGCUGAGCCAUUGUACACUUUUAUACAUAAAGCUCUGUACUCUACUGAGAAUACUGAUGAAAAUUUCCAAGCAAGUGAAGGUGCACCUUUCAAAGGAAAUGUUCAUGAGAUUGAGGAGGAGGAAGAAGAAGAAGAAGAUAAAAGUGUUUCUUCUUUCUCGGAAGAGGAUGAAAAUGUCAUUGGGAAGUCUCAGAACAACGAUGGCAAAACACUUUUCUGCCUAAGUCCAGAGGUGAAGCAAGCACUAGGGACACUAGAGAGGGUGAUAUCAAUGGUUAGAAAAUCUAGAAAAGAUGAUAAUAGUAACUCAACCUCUUCAGAGGAAGAAGAAGGUUCAUCGCCAAAACAGCAUUCAGAGAGCACCACGAUUGUUUCAAGCAGCAAAGUUUGUAGUCAAGAUCCUAAAACUGAAGUUCUUGAUGAAGCAUCAUCAUCACUCACAAGUUACUUUGCUGCAUCUCCCAAGAUCGAUCUUAUCACAACAAACUCUGAAGAGGUGACAAGGAUAACAAUCUCACAAGCCACAACUCUUUUUAGCCAAACGGAAGAGAGUAGUGACGAAAAACCAAACGGUUUAAGUGGAGGUAAGAUCUCGAUUCUGCAGAGAAAACGUAGACCAGGCUGCUUCGGAAUCAGGUCAUGGAUGAGAAGGACUUGAAAUAGCCUCUAGGGAGGUAAAGCCAGAGGUUUAGUGUCUUCGAAGUUGCAAAGCAACUACUAUGUAUAUAUGUAAGGAAAACAUCAGUCGUUUCAACUUACAUGUUGGAUAGUGUAAGAUGAGCAACAACUGUGGACAAAACUACUAAUAGGUGGGUGGGAUGUAACGUUAAUAAAAGAAACAAUACAAUCAAGGUGUGUAUGUUUCUUUAUUAUUAUACUCUUAUCUCAUAG